UUCAAGUGUUUGUUGUUAUUGUAAUGCAUGUCAUAUGCGAUACAUUUGGUUAAUGUUUUGAUGUAAAAACAAAAUCAAAAUAUUUAGUGAAUUAUUCAAUGAAUUGAUUCAUAUGGUGACCACCGAUGGCAACAAAUUAUGAGACAAUUGAACGACAAAAGGAUGAAUUGAGUGCUUUAAAGGCUAUAUUUGGUUCAGAUCUUAAGGAUUUGCGACAAUCGGUCAAACAUAUGAAUGGCGGCGACAUCGGUGAUGACAAGUGGUCACCGAUUGAAGUGAUGAUUACAUUAAAGCCAAUGGUAUCGAUGUCUGAACUGAAUCACGAACCAUAUGUCCAAACAGACCUAUAUGUCAAAUGUGGCAAAAGGUAUCCCAAUGUGAUUCCCGAAGAUAUUUGUCUCAAAAAUGUCAAACGAUUGCCUUUAAGUGUUUGUCAACAAAUCAAAGACGAGUUAUACGUAUUGGCCAAAAGUCUUAAGGGAGAAGUCAUGAUAUUUGCGUUUACAGAUCACGUGCGACAAUCACUACACACUCACAAUAAGCCACCGAUUCAGUCGUUUUAUGACCAAAUGAUUUCACACAAAACCAAACUUGAAUACGAAAAAAAUCUUGAAGUUGAGAAACAAUUGGAGACCAAUAGACGUAAGGAUGAAAUGAAAAGAAAACAAUUAGAGGAAGAAAUGAAAAGAAGACAUUUGGCUUUUCUUCAGGAAUCACGGCUCAGGAGAGAGUCGCGCGAAGAUAUUGGACAAACUUUGUUUAAUUGUGUUACUUCUUGUGACAUAAGAUGUGAUAUAAAUCAUGAAUUUGUUUGUUUGACAUUUGAUGUCAACGGAUUUGAAAGACAAAUACAAAGAGGAAAAUGUCUUUUUCACAACAAUUUUAAGCAUAGCGUUGAAUAUUUAGCAAUUGAUAUGAAAAAUGGUCAAACAUUUGUCAUCAGCGAAUGGGUUCUUAACGUUGAUAGUUAUCGUAAUAAUAGUUUUGAUGAAUAUCAACCAAAUGAUAGCACAACUAUUGAUGAUAUCGUUGAUCGGAUAACAAAAGUGGAGACAUUUUUCAACACAAAACUUAAAAGUCUGAAUCAUAAGAAUUUAAUCCGUUAUCUUGGGAUGACUUAUACUGUGAGAGAUGGAUCUGUUGUCAUUGAUUUACUUCAAGAGCACAUUAACGCCAAUUCAUUACAUAGUUUAGCAAAUGUUAUGAAAGGACAUCCAUUUAAUUUAUCUCUAAUUAAUUAUUAUUCAAAAGAAAUUCUAGAAAUUCUAGACUUCCUUUCUAAGCACAACUGUCCGCACGGAGAUCUCAAACCAACAAAUAUUUUUAUAGAUAGCAUUACCGGUGAGAUUAAAAUUAGUGGCUAUUAUUUAGAGAAACAAUUUUACGAUAUAUUCUGUGAUUUAAACUCUAUUGAUGUCCGCACCGGUAAUUCAAAUAGUAUUUCAACAAAUAUUAAUCGAUUAAAAAUGAAAGACAUUUAUGACUUUGGACUCAUUGUUUUUGCCAUAAGUAAUGACUGGAAUUUCGUUAAUGAUAUUAAUGGUCAAGAAUUGAUGCAAAGAUUAAAGCAAAUGAAAUCAAACGAUAAUUUAAGAAAUUUUUUAGAUAAAUGUCUUGAUAUUGAAGAGCCCGCUCGUUGGCCUCCCGAGAAAUUACUUAAUCAUUCAUUUAUUUCAUACAAAAAGCCUCUGAUGGCAACUAUAGACAAUAGGAAUGAUAUUGUUGUACAACAAAUUGUUUCAAUUAAUGACAAACCGGAACAAUCAGAUGAUAUUAAAAAUGAUAGAAAUAUUGAGUCAAACAUUUUAUUUAAUUCAAUUGUCUCGUCGUCAGUCUUUUCUAGACUUAACGAGUUUGAAGUAUUGGAUGAACUCGGAAAAGGUGGAUUCGGACAGGUAUUUAAAGUGAAGAAUAUUCUGGACGGUAGGUGUUAUGCACUCAAGAAGAUACACAUAAACUCAUCAAAUAAUUCUCUUUACGAGAAAAUUAAGAGAGAAGUGAAUUUACUUUCUCGACUUAACCACGAAAAUGUUGUCCGAUAUUUUACAUCUUGGAUUGAAACUGAAGAUCAUUUAGACACUGAUGACAGUGAAAUUAGUUCCACUACUAAAACCAGUGAUUUGAAUCAAAUUAGUACUAAAAAUAACUCGAAAAUUGAUAAAAAAUCAAAAUCUACUGAAAGUAAAGAUAAAGCAGAUUCUAACGACACUUCUAAUGAUUCAUCGGACACUUCGACAGAAGAAGUAGAUUUUGAAGCUGAAGAAGAUAUAUUUGGCACUUCUUUUUUUAUUGAAAUACCGCAAAAAAUGAACACUAAUUCAUCUGAUUCACAAUAUGUUGUCUUUGAAAGAAGUAAUUCUCAACAAACAUCCGAAGAAGAAGUGACAGAAGCAGAUAAUAAACAAUCGACUGAAGAUCUCGUAUUACGAAAGCCUAUUUGCCGACAGUAUAUGUAUAUUCAAAUGGAAUUGUGUGAGAAAAGUACUUUGAGAGAUGCCAUCGAUGGUGGACUUUAUAAUGAAGGACACAGAAAAAGGCGACUUUUUAGAGAAAUAAUUGAAGGUUUAGUACAUAUCCACGAACAGGGAGUGAUUCACAGAGACCUUAAACCAGGAAAUAUAUUCCUCGACGUCAACGAUCACGUGAAGAUUGGAGACUUUGGUUUAGCCAAAGAAAUUUAUUUUAUCACCGGUAAGGAUGAGAAAUCUACAAAUACUAACACUGGAUCACAAAUGAAUCCAUUGCCAGAAGCGGAUCAAUUUAAAUUGACCGGUAAAAUAGGAACUCCAUUUUAUGUAGCGCCUGAACUAACUGAUAAUUUAAAUAUUAAUUCAAACAAAAUAUAUUACACACAAAAAGUAGACAUUUAUUCCUUAGGAGUUAUAUUCUUUGAAAUGUCUUAUCCAUUUCAAACAUUAAUGGAGAGAACAAAAGUUGUGAUUAAUUUAAGAAAUAAAAACAUUAUUUUACCCCUCGAUGUCAACGAACACUUCACUGGCAAUGAAAUUGAAAUUUUAAAGAAUUUAUUACAACACGAUUAUACCAUAAGACCAUCUUCUGCUGAAUUAUUAGCUUUAGAUUACUUACCGGCGCCUGAAAUGGAGGAAAAGGAGGAACAGAAUGUCAUUAGACGUGCCGUUCAAAACACGCGAACAAAAAUUAAUAAAUAUAUGUUAAAUAUGUUGUUUCAAAAAGAUAUGUCAGAAAUUGAAGAUUAUGUCUUUGAUAUCAAUGAUCAACAAUUCGGUACAAUAUUUAGUUUCAAAAGUGAUUUGUAUUCAUUUUGUACAAAACAACGAGUCUUUCAAUAUGUUUAUUCACAGUUAGAGUAUAUAAUGCAAAGCCAUUGUGGAGUUUAUGUCUCACUGCCAACACUUUUACCAAAAUAUUCGACACAAAUAUAUCAGACCAACGAUACACUUACCGAUGUGUUCUAUGCUAUUGACAACAAUGGAUCAGUUAUCUCAUUACUACAUAACUUAAGAGUACCAUUUGCUAGAUAUAUAGCUCGUAAUAAAAUAUCUCAUUUAAGACGAUAUUCAAUUGAAAAAGUUUAUCGACAGAGACGUCCUAAAGGAUAUCAUCCGAAAGAGUUAUGGGAAUGUGUUUUUGAUAUCGUCACCCCUAAGCCCACAGAUAUUCAUAACAGUCAUAUUAUGCCCGACUCUGAAGUGUUAAGUGUUUUAAAUCAUGUGAUAAAUCAGUUUCCAAUGUUAAGUACAACUAAACUAACUCUUAGAGUAAAUCACAUAAAACUUAUUAAAGCCAUUCUUGAGUAUUGCGAUAUCGAAGAGGAAAUGCAUAAAAAAAUUAUAGGACUUAUGGGUGAAUGCAACUCAAAAUUGAAUCAAAACUUAGCCAAAGAGUCUAACGAUCCUUUGAUUCAAAAGAAAAGUAUUUUAGAGAAAUGUAUUGAAGAAACAAAAAUAAAUAAUUUUUUACAAUUAAUAAAUUUAGAACAGGACUCAGUUAAGAAAUUAUUGGCUAAUAUUAAGACACAAAUGAGAAAAAAGAGUUCAAAACAACAAAAUGCUCUUCAAAUGGCUAAAAGUGCUCUUAAAGAGUUAGAUCUAAUACUUAAAUGCGCCGAAAGAUUAGGAAGUUUAAGCAAAAUGACAAUUAAAUUAUCGCCAUCUUUUGUUAUGACCGGUUCCUCGUCUGUCUUAUAUUCGGGGAUUAUCUUUCAGUUGGAAAGAGAGAUCAAACGUAAAAAGUCUACACAACGCAGCGUUUUAGCUGUUGGAGGACGUUAUGAUGAUUUGGUCACCACUUUUGAUAAUAUCAAUAAAAAUAACGAUAAAAUUUAUGAACCGAAAGGAUGUGUUGGACUGAGUAUUGAAUUGGAAAAAAUUAUGAAAUGUGUUUUGGAAGAAGAAACUAAAGAAAAAACUAUUUUCGGACAACUCAUUGAUGUUGUUGUCUGUUCACUGACUAAUGAAAACACAGAUUCAGUACUUAAAGAGUUAUGUUUUGUGACCAAAGAGUUUUGGAACUCUGGAGUCAAAGUGUUUUGUUUUCCCGAAGAUUUACCGAAAAAUAUCGAUGAUUUGCACGCUUUCUGUUUAGAUAAUAGCGUUAGAUAUGCUGUGGCUCUCAAAGAAGCUUACGAUUCGAGUCAAUCAAACUUUUAUCAAAUAAUGGCUAAAUUAUUUGCUUAUGAAAAGGAAAGGUAUAUCGAUAAGAAAGGGGGAAAUGUUUGCGAUAUCGUUGAAUAUGUUAUCAGAAGUAUAGCGUCAGUCAAAACUGAGUUAAACACUGUUUAUAGUAAUACUAGUUUAGAGUCGACACCAAUCACAAGGAGUGAUAGCAAUAAAUUAAUUAAUAGUCAAUUAAUGUAUUCAAAUGAAGUUAAUUACAGUCAGUCAUCAUCUAUUGGUUCAAAUAUUAAGGUUAGUUUCAUAACUGGAGAAAAACUUCAAUCAAUUAUUAGGAAACGACAGGAAAACACUAUUAUCUCUCAUUUGUCGAGCGCUCUGUCAUUUGUGACGAACAAUAUAAUCAUUGAAGUAAUUGCUGUUGACUUACCAUUCAAAGUAAUUAAGACUAUUUGUGCCGAAAUAGAGUUGGAUGAGGAAAAUGAAGUAAAAGAUACAAAAACAACAUUUGAAAAAAGCAAACUAUCUAUUAUUGAAAAACAUUUGCGUCAUCGCAAACACAUCACACAAAUAAUUGAUACAAUAUUUGACCUCAAGAUUGAAAAGAAAUGUCCACUUUUAUGUAUAAUCAGCACAAUUGAUAACAUGAAAUACAAAAUAUUGAGCUAAUUAUCAUUAAUUUGGUUUAUAUUAUGACAAUUAAAACUGCGAUUAUAACAGCACGUGAUUCUCGUGAUUACUUCAUUAGUUUCAAAGCACUUCAUUUCA